GGCGGUGUUGACGACAAAACGUUCCCCCUGAGUGUCGUGUCUCAGUCCAACUUUGGAAGUCUGACAGAGAUAGUGCUGUGACGAUACUAAAACAAAACAAAACGGAAUCAUUAUUUUAAAGAUGGACUUUUAUACUUUCUUUGGCCCUCUGUUCUUACUAAUAGUUCUCGUAAAUAAAUCAAGCGCCAUCCGGUGUUAUUCCUGUUCUUCAUUCGAGAACCCAAAUUGUGGAGACGCAUUUGACUUCAAGUAUGUGAAAGCUUAUGCUUGCACAGGAUCUUGUAAAAAGACAAGAGGAUUAUCCAAAAACAAUGACGCAGAAGUAAAUAGAAUGUGUUCCUCGCUAGAAAAGGAUUCUUGCUACUCUUCAACUUACAACGACAUUGAUGUCACAGCUUGUGUCUGCAACACAGAUUACUGCAAUUCAGCACCACUAAAACACGUCUCCAGUAUCACUUUAAAUUUUUGUCUGGCCACUCUUACAUAUCUCCUUCUAAUACAUCCAUGAAAAUCAGAUUUUGCAUUCCAUUCAUUUGAUUUCAUAUUUAAUUCAUAUCACAUCAUGUCAUA